AUGCGUAGUUCACGGUGCAUGGAGGGCACUGGAAGAAUGAGAAACGCAAGACCAUUACCGUUUCUCACAGGCUUGGCUGUGUCGCAGGGAGAAACCAGCGUGACGGACCUAGACCAGCCAGUGGAAGCGAUGGGCCAAGCAAACGUUGAUCUUUGGAGUGUUGCACGAUUCUGCGUGCCAUGCGCCAUGCCUUGGAGCCAGGCCAAAGCGUUGAAGCGGUCCACGCGCUUCGAUACGCUAGAAGGUGUGUCCCAGAGCCCGGAACUGAGUCCUAGGAUGCGCAUCGCGCAAGCGAGGCUAGGCCUUAAUCGCACUCGAGCUGACUUGCAAUGCUCGUUUAACGUGGCUGCUAUAUCCAAAGCACAAGCAAAUCACUUCACAAAGGAUCUUGCAAGAGGUCCAGGUAAAUUCAGUGCCCAGGCUAGGGAUUGUCAAAGGAUGACUUCACUCUUGACAUGCCUGUCAUCGGGCCAGCUUCUGCAACGUAGUCUAGUAAUGUCAGGUGUGAAUGCUUCAACGCAAUUUCUGAACUUGAAGUUUCAACUCAGUCGUGUGCACACCGAGCGUCCAGCACUCUUUAAUGAGUAUGGACUUUCCCCGAAGAGCUUCGACAGGAGGCAGCGCCCGAAGGUGAAGCGCUACAACGGUAAGGGCCUAGAGUCUUCAAAUAUUUCCCAUUGGCCUCGCCUCGCAUUCAGAGGCGAGUUGACCCAGGCUCGACUUUCACAGAGCGCUCAAUGGCGAUGUUUCAAAGCUCUGCAACCAAAGAUGCAUUUGAACUGUAAUAGACCACCUGGAAAUAAGAGGAAGCAUCCGGACUCGCCUCGCUGCGCCAGCGCACAUCGCGAGUCAUGGGCAGAUGUCAUCGAUGUGGGAUUCGGGCGAUCUGCUGCAGAUCCACUUUUGCACCGCCACAUGUGUUUACCAUGGAUCAGCUUGUUCAGAGUUGAGACCGUUCUUACGAUGUCGCGUCCUCUUCUCGACUUUAUGCAGCCUUACAAGCGCGACAGCAGUGCAAUCAUUCCGUUUCUGGCUAGCAGGGAUCUCUGCCCAUUGAAAUCGCCUUUUGCUUGCUACUCUGCCCUUGGCCGCAGUGGGCCAUGGCUCGGCAGAAGCGGCUGUCAUUCUGACGUUCCAGGCGGCAGCGAAGUCGAGCUCCUGCUCCUCGGCGGACGCGGGACGACGGUACUGACGACUCAUCGUGCGGGUGCGAGUGCGAGUGCGGGUGCGGGAAAUAUCUCGGGCGGCGGCCUGGUCGAUGGUGUGAGAGGGCAGGAGAUGGAAGGGAAGGGAACUAGGAUUGGCGGAAGAAAAGCUGCCGUGCCAAGGGAGAAAGCCAGGGAUUUCAUGCGCCACAGCCAGCGUCAUGUCAUCCCGAGCAUCGACAUGUGUCAGGUCGACUUCAAACGUGACGCGAGUUCGAUUCAAUUCAUCAGCACUGCAAAGAGAGUUUCUGCAGCCCAAGACGCUGGCGGCAAGGCACAGAAACGAGCUCAACGAAGGCCAACGGUCACACAUUUAAACUUCAGCCGAGACAUGAAGAUAAAUCAUUGGCGUGAACCUUCAGAGUCAACUUGGACGGCUGGCCUUGGCGACGCUGUAGUAGUCGUGUUGGUGGCACUGCAGACACCGCAGGCCAGCCAGGGAAUGAUGGAGCCCGAGAGACGGACUGUAUGCAAUUGUCAGAGGCUGCAUGGUCCAUGCGACGCCAUGUGCGGUGCAGUGCUGCCGCGAGAGGUUGACGCCUUGGAAGAAGACCAGGAGGUCGAGGCAAUGAAACGAGUAUGA